AUGUCGCCCACUCCCCUCCGUCCCGGCGUCUAUGCGCCAACUAUGACCUUCUUCGACCCCGUCACCGAGAACCUCGAUGUCGCCUCUAUCCGCCGUCAUGCCGUUCGCCUGGCCAAGGCCGGUCUGGUCGGUCUAGUCACCAUGGGAUCCAACGGUGAAGCCGUGCACCUCACAAACGAGGAGCGCAUGACUGUCACUCGCGAGACCCGCUCCGCUCUCGACGAGGCCGGCUUCCAGAACGUGCCUGUCAUCGCCGGUGCCAGCGAGAACAGCAUCCGUGGCACCAUCGAGCUCUGCAAGCAGGUUGCCGCUGCUGGCGGCGAGUACGCCCUGAUCGUGCCCCCAUCCUACUACCGUGGCGCGGUUGGCAACGACGAGACUCUGUACGAGUACUUCACAUCCGUUGCUGAUGGCUCUCCUGUUCCUCUUAUCCUCUACAACUACCCCGGUGCUGUCGCCGGUAUCGACAUGGACUCUGACCUCAUCAUCCGUAUCUCCGAGCACCCCAACAUCGUCGGUACUAAGUUCACUUGCGCCAACACCGGCAAGCUGACCCGCGUUGCUGCUGCCCUUGGUGCUAUUGUUCCUUCAUCCCCAUUGGCUCCUGCUCAGCGUGCUGCCCCGACUGUUACCAAGCCCAACGCUAAGCACCCCUAUGUUGCUUUCGGUGGUAUUGCCGAUUUCAGUCUCCAGACCCUCGUGUCCGGUGGCUCUGCCAUUCUUGCUGGUGGUGCUAAUGUUAUUCCCCGCUUGUGUGUGCGCAUUUUCAACCUCUGGUCUGAGGGCCGUCUUGCUGAGGCUAUGGAGGCUCAGCAGCAACUUAGCGCUGCUGACUGGGUUCUCACUAAGGCUGCUAUCCCCGGCACCAAGUCUGCUAUUGAGUCCUACUACGGAUACGGUGGAUACCCCCGCCGACCUCUCGCUCGCCUCAGCGAUGCUCAGGUCAAGGAGAUUGCUGAUAAGAUUAAGCCUGCAUUGGAUGUUGAGCUUUCGUUGAAGGAUGUGGUAUAG